AUGCAGGUUUGCUUGAUUUACGUGGGCGGGAACGACGACAAGGAGGCAAAGGCAUUAGCAGAACACAUGAGAGGUAACCAACAGGCGAGUCUAACGGUAUUGCGUCUGAUCGCUAUGUCUCAUCCCGACGAAAGCACGGUGUGGAGUCAAAGCCAAACAGUAGACAUGAACCGCUAUGAAGAAAAGCCUCGAGAUAAAUCCGUCACGUACAUUGAUAUGAUGGUGGCAGAUGGCAGAGAGACUUCCAAGAUUCUGCACUCCGUGGCUUACGACUAUGAUCUGUUUCUAGUCGGGAGAAGCAGCGGGAUAGGUACCGCGGUGACCAAAGGACUCGGGGAUUGGAUGGAAUUCGAAGAACUUGGAGUCAUUGGAGAUUUGUUAGCAUCUGAAUAUUAUCCUUCUAGAGCAUCCGUGUUGAUCGUCCAACAACAAGAAUGA